GUCAGUGCCGUGGACGGAAAAAGCUGGAAAAACGUGAGCUGUUGGUCGGAUGCUUCUCUUCGUUGCAAUUGGUUGUAAUUGGUCGUAUUUUCCAAUAUGGAGAAACAUCGCUCGUUUCCGCCACGUCUCGAGGGCUGAAGUUUGCAGAUAGCUUGCGUGCUGAUUUUAUUCGCGAAAUUGUGGUCGCCAUUGUGAGACUUCGAGGAAAUGAGUAAUGACGAGUGGACUGAGCGGUUGCAGGAAAACAUGAUACGUGCAAAAUGAGAAGGACGUGUAAUACUGCCGCGGAAGCCAAAACAACUGAUUGCCUCGAGAUCGCGAAACGUCUUUACAGUAGAGGCGUAACCGACAUUGCCAAGAGGCUCGACCAGCAAAAGAAUCAAAUUACCUCUGUUGUCGAGAUUUUCGAAUCAGCUAAUGAAACUCUGCGAGUCAAAUUACGGGAUUAUUGCGAGAGGCUCAUUUUUAAGGACCCUAUUGGCCAUGGACGAAAGACAGAGGAGUUGUUGUGGAGAAGAGGUUUCUACGAUGCUGUUGCUAUGGCCAAGAGGUUACGAAAGGGUAAUGCUUGGAACGAUACAGAAAAGGCAUUGCUUUCGACUCAUUUGGCAGUGGGUGUGGGAUUCUACCAUCACCUGAUUCUAAAGUUACAGUUGGAGUUUGGAUUGGAUUUGUAUGGUGCUAUUGAUUUUACUUAUCCUGAUUGUGAGCGUGAAAUGUCCAAUCACUUGAGAAAGGUUGUACAGCCUAAAUUGCAAAGUGAAGAAGUAAAACAAUGUGCAAUACGAUUGGUCCAUAGAAGCUUAAUAUGUCUUGGAGAUUUGGCUAGAUAUAGAUUGGAUUUGGAUUCAAGUUGGGAUCCAUUGGUCGCAGUGAGAUAUUACAAAAUGGCAAUCGCUAUCGAUCCUAACAUUGGAAUGCCGCAUAAUCAGCUGGGGACUCUGGCAGGCAGUACAAACUAUGGUCUGGAUGCUGCAUAUCAUUACAUAAGAUGUACUUUAUGUUCCGAGCCAUUCGAUGGAGCUGAAGGCAAUUUGAAAAGAACAAUUGCGAUGUACUCAUACGAUGGCGGAAAUGGAAAUUCGCCGCGACGCUGCGCGGGAAGAAUGCUCUCGCUGUUACAGCUUUGGGAAAGUGGUAACGUAAAUCUCGAUCGAAUAAAUCGUGAAUGUCAGGAUCUACUGAACGAGAUCGAGAAUUGUUUGACUGAGGAUAGAAAUACGAAAAAAAAUUCAGCAGCAAUUUUAAACGCAGAUACCGUAGAAUGCUACUUAGAAAAUUGUAAAAACGGCGAGCAACCUGCUCAUUUGACCGAUGACAUGAUAUUUAAAAUAGUAGCGAUCUGUUUGAUGUCAAUCUCAAAAGUUCAAGAUCGAAAUUCGAGCCAAGCGCAGGGAAUAGUGGCAUUCGUUCUGGCCGUACUCUCGCAGCUUCUCCAAGUUGCUACAACGAGUUUGCAGAAACUAAUUGCAGGUGUGUCAGCGCCGCAGGUGACGACAAGCCUAGACGCGAAUCCUCCGGUGCCAAAAGAAAGUAGUCCCGUCGAAGGUGCCGACAAUAUCCAUGACAGAGAUAAGCCCAUCGAUGCGGAGAACACGAAAGUAAUGGUGGAGAGCUGCAAUAAGGAAUCCGUAGAUUUAAACGACAAUAAGGAAUCCUGCGAUGACAAAGAGACCGGAGAGAACGUAGAAACUGUCGAGAGUUUAUCAAACGGCAUCAAAAAGACUGUUCGAGAUAGAUCAAAGUGUCUGUUAACAAAGUUGCGACGCCCGCGUAGACGUAGAAACAGUUCGGAUUCGGAUGUCAGCGACGGAGAGGGCGCCAUGGCGGAAUCCUCGAGUGAUGAAGUAAAUUCGGACAUUUCCGAAACCGAGGAAGAUGUUCCAAGCGAAGGAAAUCCUUUAUCGGAUGAUGGGUUAUCCGAGGAUUUAACGGAGGACGAGGCCACUUUGGCUACUGACUCGAAUCUGCCGAUAAUAUUAGCGGCUGCGGAAGAAGCUGUUGGGGUGGCUGGAUGUAAAGAAAGAAGCGAGGAUUCGACCAAGUGUGAACGUGGGAUGCCCUAUAAUAAAACAGAGACGCAACCGGAAGAUGAAGAGUCCAUAACAAAUUUCAGUAGUACGAUUAUCGUAACGACAAGUACAGAUUCGAAUAAAACGUACAACGGGAGUUCCUGCAAUUCGGCCAACAUUCUACCUUGUGCAUUGAAAAAAGAAGCACCAAAUCCAAAUGAUAUUCUUGAGCACUUGAUCGGAGAUGGAAUUCUUGCCUCUAUUAAAAUAUCCUACGAUUGGUUAAGAUGUAAUCCUGAUAUUGUGCGUGCCUGUGCGAAAAGCAGCGAUACAGUCUUGAGACGUAGUAUUGCGCUCCUCAAUCAAAUAAACAUGGAUAUCACCGAACUCUCGAGGAAUUGGAAGAGGGAGAACUCAUUGAUGCUGCUUCUGGAUCGGUCCACGGAAUUAGCAUUGACAGUUCCGUUGCCAGAGGACACGGAUUUAAGAGGAUUAAAGAUUCUGAAAGACUCACAGAAGACUCUAGAUUGGAAGAUUCUACACCGAAAUAAGAUGACGAAACACGAGGAAACCUUAUUGCGUGUAUUAAAGCUCAUUGAGUUUGGCCGUUACAUUUCCUCGGUUCAGGGUUCUGGAAUUGAAUUCGACGAGAGUACAAAGACAUUCAUAAUGGUGGGAUUGGAGAGUGUUCCUGUAACGCCGAAUGAUAUUAGCAAAGAUAUCAGAGAACCUGGUCAGGAACAUCCUCGAGGAACGCUGAUGAGGCACAUGGGAAAGUUGUGGUUGAAAGCCGAAGUUCGCGCAUUGGAAAGUCGCUUGAGAUCAAAGUUAAUGUCACCAUAUCUGGUGCCAGAUCACGAGGCAUUGGCCAAACAUACAUCGUCACUCAAGCGGCUGUUUUACGCAAAGGAAUUCAUCGUGGUAAUUCCAUCAGUUGUGGUGUCCGCACUGGAUGAAGUGAAACGUACUAGCGGACGAGCACGGGAAGCCACCAGGUGGUUGGAGACACAAUUAAAACGUGGUUCAAGAUUUCUACGAGCUCAAAGGCCGCAUGAACGUCUGCCCCUUCCAUUGAUCAAAGGACCGCGGCCAAAGGACAAGGAAGCAUGGCUGUAUUUUCAAAUUGUCGAGUGCUGUCAUUAUCUGACACAGCAAACGAAAGUCGGUUUAAAUGGUGAUACCGAAACACCCGUGGUGACUCUUCUGACAGGUUGCUCAAUCGAGGAGAAGAAGAGUUUGUCCUUCAGCCCUGUGGGAUUGGCUAAGAGCGCAGGUGUACGGCUGGAACAUGUCGAAGGAUUUCAUACAAAAUGGAAAGCAUCGAGAAAAAGCCACGGUUGAUAUUCACAAGCCACGUGUAGACUACGCGUCAGGCACUGUCUUUAUCGAAGGAUGUUGGUUAAUACGAAGCAAGAGGAGUCGCGCUGGAGAAAUAAUCGACCGGGGCGCACACACUUGGUAAUAGGGGUUGGAAGCCCGCGAGAGAAAUCCAUCAUUAAGUAACUUGACACAAGUCGUCAAGCACGUUUGUUUCCAGCUGGACGACAUAGAAACGAUUCAAAAUGAUUUUCACUAAUAAAUGAAUUACCUUUCCCGCCGACCGUUCUGAUUCUACGUUUUCAGCUUUACUAUAAAAAUCGUGUGCCUUUCAAGUAAACACUUUCCAACCAAUUAAUAAACUAUACCCAUAAUUUUUCCUAAUAA